AUGAAGUGGCUGAAGGCGGGUGCCACUGCGUCGGUGGGUGGGUGUGGCGCAGAGGGAGGUUCGCUGUCGGUGAUGGAUCGAGAAGAAAUGAAUCUCGCCGAGCGGCUCAAAGUCAAAGUGCAACACUUUGCUCGGAGCUGCAAUCGGGACGCGUGCCAAGUCGGAUCGCCCGACGGCUCCACCUUUUGCUCGCGCUCGGACCCUGUGCCGCUCCAUCCAGCACCGUCCAUCCUCACCUCAUCCCGACGCACUUCGAAAACACGUCCGCUCUGCAAGCUUCGCAAGCUCCGCACGCGCAGCGACUCGAAGGAAACCGCUCAAGAGGUUCUUUCGGCGCAUCGCCGCAGCUCGGCGACUCACUAUGGCCAAGCAUCGGUGAGGCCCGGUGGACCGACCAGCCCGACGCCGUCGCAAUCAUCGGGCUUUGCCUCGCUCGGCGCCUCGAUCCAGCGCGCCACGGCGAGCGCACCGAGCGUAGCGGCCAACGACGUGCCGCUCGCCCCGCAGCGGCCGGGCGCACCAUCGCUGCCGGGCGUCACACGAACCACGGCCUCUACUGACGCUGGUGCAUCCACAUCAGCCACCGCGACCGCGGGCCCAUCCGCGCCCCGAGCUGCUGUAGAGCACCGAAGCACGGCCACGGCGGCGAUCGACCCGUCGGCAACCGAGCUGCUUCCCACGGCCACGGCGGCGAUCGACCCGUCGGCAACCGAGCUGCUUCCGUUCGACGAGCAGGCCAAGCUGGUGUACGGCGUGGUGUUUUCGCUGCGCAACAUGGUGCGCAAGCUCGGCGGCGACGCCGAGACGUUCAACAGCUUCACCACCUCGACGUAUACGCUGGCGCAUCUGCACACGCCCACCAUGUACACGCUCGUCAUCGUCACCGAUCCCGUGCCGCCGCCCUCGUCGAUACCGAGCCGCACGAGCGAUGGGUUCGCGAUCGGCAGUGCCUCCGCCGCCUUGUCUGGGCGCUCGUCGUUCGGCACGGGCGGAGGCAUCCCCGGCACCGGCGGCAUGAGUCUCAAGGGCGUGCUGCUACAGAUCUACCGCGGUCCCUGGGUGGAUGGCGUGGUGAGGAAUCCGCUGCUGCGCGCAUUCGAGCGCGAGGAACGCAUCGUUGAUCCAGAUGCAGAUGCCCACAACCCCGCUCAAGCAGGCGUUGCAGUCGUCAGCGAACGCAGAAUCGAUCGCACACACGGUAUCGACACAGACGCCUUCCGUGAAGGUCUCGAGAAAGUGCUGGUGCAGAACAAGCUCUCGGCGCCGGCGUCGUGA